CUGAAUGAGUCAUUAAAACUUUCUUCUGUUAAUCCUAUUGGGGGAAUUAUCUGCUCAAAACAGGACUGGCCGGGCGGGCAAGCAGAGAAUAACAAAACAAAAAAGAUGAAAAGUAGUACUAAUAAUAUGCUCCUACCCCUUAUCAUCAUGGUCGUCUUCUUCUUUCAUCAUCUCCAAGGAGUGGUUCCAUCCUCUGAUCUGGGAGCGGACAAAAAAGCACUGCUUCAGUUUGCAAAGAAUAUGGAUGCUUUUCCGGGAGCAGGAAGCAGCCGGAAAGUGAUGACGGGUUGGAGCAUGAAGGCCCCAAUUUGCACGUCCUGGGUCGGCGUGAAUUGCAGCGGCAGCAGUUCCGAUGGAAGCCGGCGGCGGGUAGUCGGAGUGAAUCUGGGUGGUUUCGGAAUUCAGGGCGCUAUACCGGAGAAAACAAUCGGGAGACUGGACGCUCUGGAAACACUGCACCUGGAAAACAACCGCAUGACCGGAGCUAUACCGGCGGACCUCACCGUCGGAAACCUCCCAAAUCUGAAGCACUUGAAUCUGAGCAACAACCGCUUCAAUGGCCCCAUCCCCUCAUCUCUGUUCACACAUUUUCCUGCUUCUUCAUUUGCCAAUAAUUCUUUGCUCAGUGGACCCCCCAUGAAUCGUCAUCAAAUGACUACUUCCUCUUUGGUUUCUGUGCAUCUCAAUCCUCAGCAGCAGCCAUCGCUUAUUCGUUCAGUGGAUCAUUCUUCAUCACAGACAUACGCUGUCAAGAAAACCAAAUUUAACCUGAAACGUUUUUUACUUGUCGUUGUGCUUCCAACAGUUGUUCUAUUGAGUCUACUCAUUAUUUGGUUGUGCAAGCGUAAAUGCAAUUUGCUGGGCCGGCCCGAAGUAAAGUCCGAGAGCUCAACCUAGAGCCCUUGAAAAAGGAAGACUCACUUUUAAUUCAUUUGAUGCACCAUCAAUAAGCUUCAAAAUUGGGAAAACUGUCAAAUAGGUCCUCGAACUUUCAUAAAAAAGUCAAUUAAGUCCUUCUAUAGGAGACUUUGUCCGGUCAUCGCGAUUUGGGGCGGUUCCCGGUGGAAUUUUUUGAUGAAAUUUUUUGAGCAUCUUACUCAUCAAGUCUAGUUUACUCAUACCAAAUUUCAGCUAAAAAUUUAAUCGGGAGCGCAUUCAAAUUAAUUCGAGAAUGCAAAAAUGCGCAGUUAUCGUCAAGAAUUAAUUUGAAUGUGUCCCCGAUUGAAUUUUUAGCUGAAAUUUGGUAUGAGUAAACUAGACUUAGUGAAUAAGAUGUUCAAAAAAUUUCAUCAAAAAAUUCCACCGGGAACUGCCCCAAAUCGCGACGGCCGGACAGAACCUCCUAUAGAAGGACUUAAUUGACCUUUUUAUGAAAGUUCGAGGACCUAUUUGACUGUUUUCCCGCUUAUAUUCUUAUUCUUAUACUACGUGUAUAUUGUGGUUGUUAUCUUAUUCUCUUUGCUUAAAACUUGACUGUUUAAUUUAGCUCUUUUUCUUAUAACAAAUUGUUGUGAUUAAUUAAUUAAUUAAUUAAUGCCAAAAGCUACAAACUUUCUCCG